CCGCCAUGGCGGCCCACUCUCACCUCUCGCUUCUCCCCCUGGCUCCUCUGCGCCCGCAGCCGCUCCGCCAGCUCCUCGGCUCGCAGUCCCUCCUCCGCCGCCGCUCGGCCGCCGCCGGCGGUGCUCACCGCCCGGGCUAGGCCCGCCGCGGCCCGCCACCACCGCCCGCCGCCGCUCGCCGCCGCCAUCUUCCUCCUUCUGUCCCCUCCUCCCCUUCCUGGCCAAUGGCGGCGGUGCGGAGGCGGUGCUUCGGCCCGCGCGCCCAAUCGCAAAGGGACGGCCAGCCGAGCGACAGCCGCAACGUCCAAUGGCGACGGGACGAGGGGCGGGACCGCCCAGUGGUUUAAACAGCGGCGACGGUUGGCGGCCGGUAACGGUCGCGGCGGGAGGACGGGAGCGCCCGGGCCCUGUCAGGAUUCGCCCAUUUUGGCGGAUAUCAUGGAGGAGGAGGAGGAGCUGGCGGCUGCGCUGGCCCUGAGCCGGCUGUACGCGCAGCGAGGGGGCAGCCAGCGGCCCUACGCCGAGGCCUCCCUGGCUUUGGGGGUGCAGCCGGCGCCCCCCGCGUUUCCCGGGGAUCGGAGGGGAAGCAGGAGGUUGGUCAUGAAAAGGAAGGUGCUGAGGCGCAGACCCGAUGGAGGGGUAGAGGUCUGGGACGAGUCGGUGACCAGCGAGACGGAGAGCGACGCCGAAGUUCGGAGCCUGAGGCAGAAACUGCUUCAGCUGAGGACCGGUCCGGAGGAGAGCAUCUCCGAGGGGGAAAUGGAGAGCAGCAGCAGCAGCAGCUCCCUCGAUGAAUCCCCUCGCCGGUGGUCCCACGGGGACAGUCCCCCCUUUCUCCUCGAGGAUUUCGACAGCCGGAGCUCUGCCGCUUCUCAGUACAGCACCGCGGGGGGACAGCCCAAAUCCUUCAUUCCUCCCCGCUUUGAACCGCUGGGUCGUAACCGGGGGAAAACCGACCCAGUGGCCAAAUAUUUUGAAUAUAAACGAGAAUGGGAGAAAUUCCGCAUCCCGGGGGAGGACGAGCGGCGAGAACUGCGCUGGGGCAUCCGGGAGCAGAUGCUCUGCAGGCCCCAGCUGCCCGGCAAACCGCAGCACCUCCGCGUCCCCAACGCCUACGCCGUCCCCACCGAGAAGAAGAGGGCGGCCCUGCGCUGGGAGGUGCGUUGGGACCUGGCCAAGGGCCUCCUCCCCAGAAAAACCACCUCCUCCUAGGCUCCUCCGCACCCAGCACCUCACCGCUCUCCUCGGGACCUCUUCCCUCCUCCGAAUCCUCGCUCAUUCAGACAAAAAUCCCCUUUUUGCGCUUCUACGCGGGAUUAAAACUCUUCCCCGGGGUUGUUAAACCGGCCGGGAUAAACCAUCCGCCGCCGCUGCGGAGCCGCUUUCCUGGGACGGGGAGCGGGCACCGCAAACCCACCCAGGCUCUUCCAAUCUCGGAAGAAAUAAGACUAAAACGGACCCGGUGAUUUACUUUUUUUUUUUAAUUGCCCCUGGAUUGUUGUGUGAGCUACGAAGGCGGUUUUAUUUCUGGCGUCUCGGCGAUAUCUUUCUUUAAUAAAGCGUGUGGAGAGAUGCGUUCUCAUUUCCGCGGCUUCAUGAGAAACACACCUCCAUCAGUGCCUGCGCCACCCAACUCGCCGCUCCCCUUCCCUUCUUUUACCUCAUUUAUAAAAUAAAUGAGCUUUAGGAUGAA